AUGACUGGCCGGCAGGCGACUCGAACACGGCAGAAGUACAAGGACAGCUGUACCAACUGCGCCGGCGCCAAGGUCAAAUGCAGCAAAGACAGACCAAUCUGCGCAAGAUGCAUCGAGAGAGGGCUAGAGUGCUCGUAUGGUCUCUCGUACCGCUACGGUCGUCUGCCUGCUCGCGUCAAACUCAACAGCAUGGAGGCCGCAGAUAGGAGCACUAGCACGACACCGCAACGAGUCCUGCUUCCGACCGAGUCCAGGACGCCGUCUCCAUCCUGGACGUCAUCUCCAUCCUCAGAGCCAGAUGCCUCGCAGUCUGCUUGGACAUACGAGCCAAAUACGGGAGUACCUCUUGACAUGGGAACGACGAACUCGUUGAAUGCCUGCUUCGACUAUGAUUACGAUCCCGCUACUUCCCAUAACCUUGCGCUGGCGUCUCUUGAUGGAGUUUCGGCCCCUGCGAUCCCCUUUCACUGCCGGAGCUUUCAAGAUAUGACACCAACUUCGAGCCCGGUAGUCGCGACGGACGCUACGUUCAGCACUCUGAACUAUCUUCAGGGCCUCGAUCUAGACCCGCAACCACUCAGCCGACGAUACCACUCAAGAAGCGUCUCGAGUGUGUCAAGCCCGCCAUCAGGCUUCGAGUACCAACCCACGGCGUUCUCGAACCUGCCUUCGACGACAUUCUGCACACCACCCGAGACACCAAGUCACAGCAGAUCGGGAUUCUCGAAUAGCUACCACGACUGCCUUUCACAGGCCUCAGCCCUUCUGGUGACCCUGAGGAGUUACCAAGGGCCACCGCAAAUCACACAUGUCGAGAUUACAGGGCAGGUCCUCCAGAUAAUCGAGUGCGACUGCUUCUCUCGAGACGACUACCUACGAAUAAUCAUGAUCCUGAUCGCCUUCGAGAUCAUGGCGACGUAUUCCAAGGCAACACAACAAGGCACUAGUACAAUCACAAGUGCCGAAGGGAUCUUGGAAGACUUGCAGGUGGUUUUGAAGCUGAUCGAGCGCCUGCUGAGACGUCUUCGAGAGAUGGCAUCAAGCCCAAAGAGAUUCAGUCCGACGUCUGGUAUCAUUCCAAAUUUAAGCAUCAUCAACGUUUCCCCUGCGGUGUUUGGUCAACUUGAAGCAGACCUGCGGAAACACCUACGAGGCAUCUCAAACGCCACUAUGGAUGUCCUGCGCCGAGGUUGA